AUGGACUACCUCGCCCCCAUCGCCACGAGGGCCGGCGGGACGUACCAGGACCCCGUCUCCAUCCUCAACCUCGAGGUCGAGCUCCUCUACAAGAAGGUCGAGAAGGCGACGGACGACGCCAAGGACAUGAUGGCGAAGAAGAAAGACGCCGUCUCCACGUCACCGGAGGUGGCGAAGGGGCUGGACGCUUGCGUCGGGCAGUACAACAAGGCGACCGAUGACCUGGCGAAGGCCUUGCUGGAGUGCUCGGAGAAGAAGAACGGCGCCACGGUGGAGCAGAUGUUGAGCUCCGCCUUGCAGUCCAUCCGCAGCUGCGACGCCGUUUUCGGCGGGAAGAGUGGGGAGAAGGACGCCCCGAUGGCGGAAGCUAAUGAGGAGAUGAUUGACAUGGCGGAAUUGGGGAUGGAGAUUUCUGGCAAGUGGCUCGCCAAAGGGAAGGCCCAAACUAAAAGCAUUAGUUAA